CUCUGUCAGGGAACGCGUGGCUCCAUUGCCUCGAACCAAAAACGCUAUCCCAAGCUCCAGCUCAAAACUAAAGCUUUCUCGGUUUUCUUCCCACUCUCUUCAUGGCUGCUUCUUCUCUUCCCCUUCAUGUUCCUCCUCUAUCCCGCGGAUUCCAAACCUCUCCGAAAUCCAGUUCAAUCACAUUUCAAAUCCGCAGGAAUUCGAACUCGCUCUAUAAAAACCCCAUCUCUGCCUCCCUCUCUUCUUCAAAUCCCUCGUCUUCCUCGUCAUGGGAGCGAGAAGAGAUCCGAUGGUUGCGAGAAGAGCAGAGAUGGCUCCGCGAAGAAAAGCGCUGGAUCCGAGAAGAAUCUCGCUGGAAUUCCGAUCGCGAAUCUCUCCUCCGAGAGAUCGCUGCUCUGAAACUCCGGAUCGAAGCCCUCGAACGCGAGAAAUCGUUGCCAACAUCUUCGAUCUCUGAUGCGGUGUCGAAUCUGGCGUCGAUCUUGCAGGCGUUGAAGGAAUCGGAUGUGAAAUCGGCGGUGAGUUGGAUUCCGGAGAGCGGUUCCGGGCCGCAGCCGGUGCUGUUGGAAGAAGGAGAGGUGAAAGAGAUGGUUUUGGAGGAAAUUAGGGUUUCCGAGAGUGUUGGAGAGGUGAGGAAAGAGGAGGGGAAGAAGAAGGCAACAUUGAGGAAGGGAUCAGAAGGCAAAGAUGUUCAAGAGAUGCAGGAAGCAUUAGGAAAGUUGGGCUUUUAUUCAGGUGAAGAAGAUAUGGAGUAUUCCUGCUUCUCAAGUGGAACUGAACGUGCUGUAAAAACAUGGCAAGCCUCAGUGGGCACCCGUGAAGAUGGGGUUAUGACUGCAGAACUCCUGGAAAGGCUGUUUAUCGAGCUAGGGAAUGCAGAUGCUGGCUUGAAAGCAAAUGUAGAUGGGAAAGAUCCUGUUUCUUUACUGGAAGGUGCAAAUGGAGCUCUAGUUGGUUCUGUGACAGAAAUUACUGAGAUCCAGCAGACUGUUGUAAAAGAAAGUGGUGUUACUGAAGUUGAUUUGUCCCAACAUAGGGUGUUUCUUCUUGGAGAGAAUCGGUGGGAAGAGCCAUCCAGGCUUGUGGACAGGGACAAACCUAUCAAUGGAAGCAAGUCCAGCUCUGCUACAAAAUGCCUUACUUGUCGUGGGGAAGGCCGCUUAUUAUGCACAGAGUGUGACGGUACUGGUGAACCCAACGUGGAACCACAGUUUUUGGAAUGGGUUGAUGAAGGAGCAAACUGUCCUUACUGUGAAGGCGCAGGCUAUACCAUCUGUGAUGUAUGUGAAGGUAAAGCAGCAAUCCAGACAUAACUGUAAACCAUACAAAACUGUAGAUCUACAUCUCUCUCAUUAUACAUGAUAUAUGCAUAUAAGAUGCUGAUAUUACAGCAUUUUUCCUCUGUAAUAUGAAGUUGUAAAAUUUCAACAUAAAAUGAGAGGAUUUUUUAUUUU